AUGUCCCAGAUCAUCCUGGUUACUGGGGCGACAGGCCAACAAGGCGGAGCGACAGCCCGCCACCUUCUAGCCCAAGGACUGCGGGUGCACGCCUUAGUUCGGACGACCACCAGCACCGCCGCGCUCGACCUUCAGCGUCGCGGCGCCGUCCUAGUCGAAGGCAAUUUCGACCAACCAGAGAAACUCCAGUCCGCCUGCCAGAACGCGACAGCAGUGUUUUUGAACGUGUCACCCUCGUUUCGAGGCGACGGCGCUGAACUGCGACAGGCGAUCAACGUGGUGUACGCAGCUCGUGCAUCCGGCACCGUCAGGACCCUCGUUUACACGAGCGUCUGCUCCGUGGACCAGCGCGAGAAAUUCCCCGGUUGGUCUGAUGGCACUAUGUCUGGCACCAUGAAGGGAUACUUUAAGAGUAAGGCUGCUAUUGAGGACGUCGUGAGUUCCGCUGGUUUCUUGUACUGGACGAUCCUCCGUCCCCCUGUCUUCAUGACAAACUAUCUCCUUCCUAGUGCAAGAGGAUAUUUCCCUGAAUUGGCUGAAUUUCGCACUCUUCGUACCGCUAUGGCAGCUGAGAAAAGGACUAUGCUUAUCGACCCCGAUGAUAUCGGGCGCUUAGCCGCUGCUGUGCUCAUGGAUCCGGGAAAAUUCUCGCACCGUGCGAUGGAUAUUGGGGGUGAGGCCCUGACGGCGGAGCAGUUGGCGAGCGCUAUCGCUGAGGUCAGUGGGCGUGAGAUUGUGAUCGACCAUAUCCCCCGUGAUCUGGCGGAACGUCUGGCGCCCUCGAAUCCCCAGAUCGACGCGCAGCUGUGGUUCUGGGAGCGACAGGAUAGGUUUGAGCCGCAGGAGCUGGAGGCGGAGUUCGGGAUUAAAUUGACUAAGUUUAAAGAGUUCUUGGCUGCGAAUAAAGAGCUGGUGAGGCAGACCGUUGGAUAG